UGCUGGCUGAUUCAUUUAUUUAUUUAUUUAUGUAUGUGUGUGUACUGUCUGUCUUUGCUGUCGCUGCUCGCUGGGAGCUUUCGGUGUCUUUAGUCCCUGUUCGCCGCGGAGCUCCGCUCCGCAACCGGGGCGCGUCCGUGAGAGAGCGCCGGGCGGAGCUCCGCUCCCGCAGCUUCCAUCCGUCCACCUGCGCGCAGUGAUGCCUCCUUCGCCACCAUCAUCAUGUCGCUGCUUCGCGCGUACCUGGCUUUGUCCGCGACGCUGCUCCUGUGCGCGGACGCGCGGAUGCUGAGAGGAGGCGAAGGCCUAAAGGACAGCGCGGACACGGCAGCGCGGCGCGUCUCCGCCUCUCGGCGACGGCUGCUGCAGCUGCACGGGCUGCGCGAGGCUGCGGCGCGCGCACCAGAAUCCACCUUUACCCUAAAAAUCCAAGUGAAGGACAUCGCCAGCCGCCAGUUCCUUAGCCAGGCGUCCGUGGAGGUGUUUGUGAACCACACCCAGACCAACUCGGCCCUGACGGCGGAGAAUGGAGUGGCCGUGCUCAAAGUGCCGUAUCGGCUGGGCCUGUCGCUCACCAUCGUGGCUAGAAUGGACGGGUACAUCCUCACGCCGCUGCCUUGGAAAACCACCAGAUUGCCGAUAUUCUCCUCCGUGACACUGUCUCUGUUCCCGCAAAACCAAGGCAAUAUUUGGCUCUUUGAAGACUCUAUAAUGAUAACUGGGAAAGUAUCAGAUGCCCUGAGCCAGCCCAGUGUCCAGUUUCCCAGAAACCUCCUGAAACUGCCGGACAGCAGGAACAUCUCCUCGGUAACGGCCUACCUAACGGUGCCCCAGCUUCCCUCGGAGAAGGACUGCUUCCAGUACAGCGUGGGCAUCCUCAUCAACAAGUCUGGGUUCCGGAACGUGGAGUUGAGUCCAGUGGCGGCGGUCAGUGCUCACCUGUUGUCUGAUGGGAAGGAGAUCCAGGUUACGGGACCAAUCCAGAUCACUCUGCCCUUGACGGACAACACGGGCCUGAGAGCUUCCGAUGCGGUACCUGCUUGGGCGUUUGACACGAAGACCGGUGCUUGGGUGAACCAAGGCUUGGGGAUGGUCAGGGUGGAGGAGGAGGGUCUGGUUUGGACCUACGUCGCUCCUCAUCUGGGGUACUGGAUCGCAGCCCCUUUGCCCUCAUCAAGAGGUUACAUGGGACAUGAAACUUCUAUGGACUUCAUCUCAUACCAUACUUACCUACUCAUGGCAAUCCUGGGAGGAACUCUAAUCAUUGUUGUUGGAUUUUUAACUGUGCUGUUAUGUUACUGUAGCAGGGGUUGUAUCUGCGAGGCAGAAAAAAAGAGAGGCACAAACGUCACAAGGAUGGUGGUUCUGAAGAAGGAUCAGACCACUUCCACUAACAACAACAGGAGUCGAGAAGUGUCCUUCAAAGACUCCUCCCAGCAUGACGACAGGUCCUACUCCAGAAGUGGCGUCCAAAGAGAUGAGUACACCCCCUCUAGGCCCAAUUUCAACAUAUAUGUGGAGGAUGUGGGGUUCCAGGCCUCUAAGAUGUAUGAGAAAGUAGGAAACAAGGGUCCCGAAAGCACGAGGACCGUGCAGUCUCCAAUUUAUGUCAACAGCAGUGAAGUGUUGCAGCCUAAAGAGAUGGGGGAGCAGAAGAUGCAGCUGGGUGUGAGUGAGAACAUGUUCUUUCCAGAGAGGUUGGUCCAUAUCUACAAACAGCCCGUGGCCAUCCUACAGGCCCCUGAGCUUUUCCACUCCCCAGAGCAGCUGGCAGGCUGCAGAUCAGCGACCUUCCCCAGGAAGGGCCAAAUGGGCAAUGACGGUGAACCGAUGAGCAAGGACACCUUCACGCAGACACUGCCAAAGAUCUCCCUCCUCUCCCACCUCCAGCAGCAGAGUAGCGAAGAGCAACAGGUCCUGGAGGGUCCUCAGAGCUCGGCCUCCAACCCUGGAACUUGGGGCCGGUACAGCAGUUUGCUGGAGUCUGUGUCUGUCCCAGGUACCCUGAACGAAGCCGUCGAGAUGGGUCCCCUGUGCGGCGAGCUGCAGGGCAUCUCGGAGCAGACCUUGCUGGAGCUCUCCAAAGGAAAGCCCUCGCAGCACCCGCGGGCCUGGUUCGUCUCGCUAGAGGGUAAACCCGUGGCCCAGGUGCGCCAUUCUAUCAUCGACCUCCAGAAGCGGCACGUGCCAAGCGACAGCAACGACACCAGUCUGGACUCGGGGGUGGACAUGAAUGAGCACCAGCAGGGCCGGCGGCUGGAGAGGGAGAAGACCUUUGUGAAAAGCAUGCCCCACAGCAGGGCCCUGUAUGCCGAGGACCUUGACCUAAGCAGCAGCGAGAGCGGCACCACUGCGGCUUGCACCCCCGAGGACGCUGCCCUGAGGAACAUCCUGGACAGUGGCAGCGGGAGCAUUCCUAACAUCCCCGAGGAGAGGGACGGUGCAGACACGUCCAGCGCCCAGGAGGACAGCGAGUCCCGGGCCUCGCCUCCGCCACGUCGUCUGAGAAAGGUGCGGGACAGGAGCAAAGUGGACAAGCAAAAAAGCACGUGGCACCUUCGGGAGGAGAGGCCUCUGAUGAAACUAAACUGAGGGCCGCCUCGUGUCAAAAAUGAAUGCGUGGGUAAGAUGAGCGGACAACCCGAAACCAUCAGGGGCAUCCUGUGCGUUAUUGUUCCCUGCCUAAAUCAAAGAAACGAUGAGGAAAAACUGAACGUAAACAAUAUGUAAGAAAUGUGACCAUGCUGUCGUGUCUAAUAGGGAAAGAAUGAUGACCUUACCGAGGUUGGACGUGGGAGACAUCAGACGCAACAGCCUGCAAUUGUAUCUGCUGUACAAGUUCACCAGCCUGCAGUGUAAAAUAACAUACGGAAUAAAUUUUCGCUUCAUAACCUUUCAAACUACCGCGGUAUCGUUAUGUUAUUCUAAAAAAAAAAAAAAAAAAAAAAAUAUAUAUAACUGAAAAUCUGAACCUGAAAGUACAGCGUAAGAACGUCUAAGUCGUGCUCCAGUUCCGCUAUAAGAUAAAUAAUAUGAGCGGUUUUGAAAAGGCUGAAAAACAGCAGUUUCAUAUCUCAGUCUCCCAGUUUUACAUGCAAGAGUUUUCACUUGACAACAGAAAGCUGUUGAGUUUAUUUCCAAAUCGAUUUUCUGUAACGCCCUUCCCAGCAGGUUGCCCACAGAGAC